AAAAAAAAAAAAAAAAAAAAAAUAAAAUAAAUAAAUAAAUAAAAUAAAUACCAAUUACCUUAAUGGCAGAACAAGCAGAACAUAAAAGGCAGCGUGUUAGUAAAGCUUGUGAGCAAUGUAGAAGAAAGAAAGUUAAAUGCGAUGGUUCAUCACCAUUAUGCAAUAACUGUCAAGUAUUGGGCUUAAGCUGUUUAUAUAAAGAGUCAACUAAAAAAAGAGGCCCACCUAAAGGAUAUAUAGAAGCAAUAGAAGGUAGAUUACAUCGAUUAGAAGCACUAUUAGGCAGUAUUAUUCAAGAAGAUGAUCCUCACUCUCAAGCAAUUAUGGCAGAAUUAAAUGCUCCAUUAGAAACAGCUUAUGGUGAACUCGUUAGACCACGUCCAAUGCGUAGAGAAACUAUAUCUGGUUAUGAAGCAGAAUGUGGACCAUUAACUACAGUAGAACGAAAUCACAUGUUAAAUACGACUCAGCAAAAUAAUAAUAAUAAUGACGAUGAAUUAAAUAAUACGAAUAAUCUUUCUAUUGAUGAAAGUGGGCAACUAAGAUAUUAUGGUAAAUCUUCUGGAUUUUAUAUGCUCAAGAACAGUAAAAACUUAAAGAAUCGUUCCUUUCAAUUUAAUUCAAGAGUCAGUCAUCACGAUGAACAUCAUAACCAUUCUUCUUCAACUUUAUCUUUUACAGUAGAUCCAUUUGAAAUGCCUCCAAAGGAUUUAUCAGAUCAUUUAUUAGACUUAUAUUUUUCUUAUUUUUAUCCUCUUUUACCCCUUUUACAUAAGAAAUCAUUUAUGGAAUCUAUUCAAGAUCAUCAUAAGCCCUCUCCUCCACCUCUUCUUUUAAAUGCUAUCUAUGCAGUUGCCUCUCGUAUCUCACCAGAUAUUCGUGUUAGAUCUGACCCUUUAAAGCCUGAAACAGCAGGUGAUAUCUUUUUUGAAAGAGCUCGUAUGUUACUUGAUUUUGAAUGGGAUAGUUUUAGACUUUAUACUGUUCAAUCUUUGUUACUUAUGAGUAGUCAUCAAAAUGGUGCAUUAAAGACGACUCGAGGUUGGCUCUAUAGUGGCAUGGCAAUAAGAAUGUCACAAAACUUAGGUUUACAUAGAGACUGCGAUAAAUGGGAUUUAACAGCUACAGAAAAAGAAGAAAGAAAGAGAGUGUUUUAUUGUUGUUUUAUAUUAGAUAAAUUAUCUUGUGCUAUGCAUGGUAGAUCACCUAUGAUUGAUGAAAGAGAUUAUGAUACACCUUAUCCCUCAGAAAAUGAUGAAGAUGAUAUUCAUCGUAAACCGCGAAUUAUGGAAAAUUUUUAUUACUUGAUCAAGAUAUGUGAAAUAUUAGAAGAUGUCAUACGUGAAUUAUAUAUGGUGAAAGGAAGAAAACAGUUAUCCAUGUUAUCUACACCAGAUAGUAUCGUCUCAGCUCUUGAUAAAAAGAUAAAUAAAUGGAUAUCAAAAUUACCUCCUAAUUUACAAUAUCGUCCACCUAAUACAAGACUAAAUGAACGUGCUCCUGCUCCUUCUUUAGAGUUAUGUCAACUUCAUAUGUUAUUAUACACAACACUUAUCUUAACCCAUAGACCUUUCAUUCCUGGUCCUUCACAGACAGUCGUCCCUACCGUAUUCCCAUCAGCCUCUAUUUGUACUUUUGCCGCUAACAAGAUUCUUGAUAUCACUGAAUCCUUAAUGGCAGAAGGAAGAUUAAAAAAUAUUAAUAAUUAUACCUUAUUCUUCAUGUUCACUGCUGGCAUCAUCUUUAUCUAUAAUGCUGCCUCUACGGAUUCUAUGUUUGCCUUUGAAGCCAAGAUAAGUAUUAAUAAAAUAAUGCGUGCCAUGGAUGAAGUAGAAAAGACCUGGAUUACAUCAGCAAGACAUUGUAAUAUCCUGGGUGCUCUAGCUGGCUUACGUGAUAUUGACCUUGAUUGUGUAGAUGAAAGUUAUACACAUUCUUUAAAGAAAUUCGAUCCACAGGCAUCCAAUCUAUCAGCCUCUAUUGCAGUCCCUAACUCACCUGAACCUGAACCAGAAGAAGAAAAACAGCAACGAGAGAUUCAGUCUACGAUGACACACGAUUUUCAGCGUAUGGAAGAAAAAUAUUACAAUACUUGUAGUAAAUCACCUCAAGGCAGUAGUAUAGACCUCUCUCCAGAAUCAACAAAUCAACGCUCUUCAUCCUAUCUACAACAACAAUCACAGGAGUUUGAAAAUAACCCAUUUGAUCCUAAUGAAACUGCCUUUUGGGGUAUGCCAAUGUCAUUUGAUAUUGACGAAUGGAAUAGCUAUUUCAAUAAUCAAAAGAAUAAUAUGGCAUCGUCAUCAGUGAACACAACAUCCAUAUUUCCAAUGUCUUCUGAACAUGAACAUGCAUCACAGGAUAAUGUUUUUAUGUCUAUACCACUAACAACAUCAUCUAGCAUUACUACUAGUAAUCAAGUUCCUUUAUGGACUGAUUAAAUAUUUAUAAAUAAACAUUAUUCUUAUAAAUACAAA